AUGUGGCUGCUUCAAACGGUUUAUCCGGAGCUUGGGAUGGGGGCUAUCAUGGCUGCAUCAAUGGCAUCCGGCAUCACCACCUCGAUCAUCCUCGAGACGUCCCUUCUCCGGCUAGGAGCUGAUCGGCUCUCGUGGCCGACUGCCGCUCGUACCGCGAUGGGGAUGAGUAUGGUGUCAAUGUUGGCGAUGGAAGUAGCAGAGAACGUGGUUGACUACCAUCUCACUGGUGGCGUGGUAGACUUUGGACAUUUGCAGUUUUGGCUCGCAGCUGUGGUAUCGAUGGGAGCUGGGUAUUUGGCUCCGUUGCCGUAUAAUUAUCUGCGGUUGCGGAAGUAUGGGAAGGCUUGCCACUGA